AUGUCCAUGGCGUCGUUCUUCCCACUUCCCAGAGGAAAAGUUAUUGGUGAAAUCCGAAGGGUGCGACGCACCGGCGUGUUUUUAGACUCAGUGUCGUUUGCGCUCACGUCGCGAGAGGGCGCCGUACGCGGUACGCGUCCGGCACAUGACUUGUUGCACAUAAUUCGACAACAUCUAAAAGGAAUCAUAGCUAUUACGAGAUAUGUAGUUAUCAUUGUCAUGCAUUUUAUAUCGAAUCCAUUAUACAAACAUGCAAAGCUCUUAGCGAUCAUCGUUUUGAUUCUCAUAACAUUAGUCGCUGGUAUCCUGUUACGGAAUAAAAUCAAACGAACUGCAAUAAGCGUUAUUCAAGAGUCAGAGUACAUUGAAUACGGACUGAUGACAAAUGCGACCGUUCCGGGAAAAGCAGAUAGAAAAGAAUACCUUUACCGGCUUUUAACAAAUACGACCCGCUCGCUCAUACAAAUGGAAAUACAAGCUAGGAGACUGGAAGAAAAUAUGCGUAAGGGUCCGGGAUACGCAACCCCACUAGACGCAUUCCGUAACGGCCCCAGGGAGGAGUUACUUUACGUUGUGUGUGUACAACCAGACCUCACUAAACAGGACUACCUCGCUACUGUGGACGUAGACCCUAAAUCACCCACUUACAGCCAGGUAAUCCACCGCACGUACACUGGCAGUGUUGGUGACGAAUUACAUCACAGUGGAUGGAAUGUAUGUUCAAGUUGCUAUGACAAUCCAGAUCUUAAAAGGAAUCUCCUUAUUCUACCAGGACUGCACUCCUGCAAAGUUUUUGCUGUUGAUGUUGGCACCAAUCCCCGAAAACCAGAACUUUAUAAGGUGAUUGACGGUUCUGAGAUGAGGUCAUUCAAUUGCACAUUUCCUCACACGACACAUUGUCUAGCAAGCGGGGAAAUUAUGAUUUCAACGAUGGGAGAUAAAAACGAGAACGGAAAGGGGGAUUUUGUGCUCAUUGACUCCAAAACUUUGAAAGUGACAGGGACAUGGACGAGAGGUGAAAAAAUCGCUAAAUUCGGUUAUGACUUCUGGUAUCAACCCUACCACGAUGUCAUGAUUGCUUCUGAAUGGGGAACCCCUAAACACUUUAAAACUGGUUUUCAUCCGGGUGACAUUCCUAACUCGGAGAGAUAUGGAAGUUCUCUAAAUGUUUAUAAAUGGUCUACCCGGGUUCUAGAACAAGUCAUAGAUUUGGGUAACGAAGGGAGUGCUCCCUUAGAGAUCAGAUUCCUUCAUGAUCCUAAAUCCGAAGAGGGAUUUGUAGGGUGCGCCGUCAAUGCGAAUGUGUACAGAUUUUACAAAUCUAAUGACGGAAAGUGGAAAGCGGACAAAGUUAUUGAUAUACCAGCAAAAAAAGUUAUCAGAGAUGGAAAAGAAACGUUGAUUAAUGGAUUAAUAUCGGAUAUCUUGCUGUCGUUGGAUGACAAAUAUUUAUACAUAUCAUGUUGGCUUCAUGGUGAUGUAAGACAAUAUGACAUCUCCGAUCCAAAGAACCCAAAACUUACAGGACAAAUACACUUGGGUGGUGAAAUUGAAGUGCCGCAACUUGUUACAGUGAAAAGUAAAAAAUUAUACGGCGGCCCUCAGAUGUUGCAACUCUCAUUAGAUGGGAAACGUCUUUAUGUAUCUUCAUCACUUUACUCCCCUUGGGAUAAGCAGUUCUAUCCACAAAUGGUGGAGCAGGGAGGUUGGAUAGUCAAGUUGGACGUAGACACGGUUAACGGAGGCAUAAAAUUGGAUCCUGAUUUUCUUGUAGACUUUGGGAAAGAACCGAACGGACCGGUUAUACCGCAUGAAAUGAGGUACCCUGGAGGAGAUUGUACUUCUGAUAUUUGGCUGGCUGAAAAGUAA